GUCAGAUGGACCUUGGCUCAGUUGUCUUCCUUUGUCUUCUUCCUCCCUAUUUCUCAAUGUCUUGAGGGGCAUGGGGUUGAGGGCUCUCUUCGCAGGUGCUGUUGUUAUGUGCUGUCUGCUUUCUUAUGCUGCAACAAGCCUUCGCUCCUUCCUUCCAAGGUUCAAGUCUCUGCAGAAGGAAUUGAAUAUCCUACAGAGAAAGAGGGCUGUUUUGAAUGAGGACUUCACUGCCUUCAAGAAGGCUGCCAUUACUGCCCGAGUUGAGGAUGUGCAAGAGGGACUUCUCAUUUUCGAGGAGUUCAUGGAAGUCUCCCAGGGAGAUCUUUCCAUGAACUCAUCUCUGAUCCUCAUGCAGUGUGGAGUGUUGUUUCGUGCUAAAUGGGUUUGGUAUAUAUUCUGCCCUGGUUGUUUGGUUUUUGUUUGGACCCCACUUCUUAACGCCUCAAAGUUCAAACAAUUGCAACUUGCAAGACAAUUGCUUAUACAAAUCAAUCGAUCAAAUAAAAUCCCUAAGCCCGUUCCCGCCACUCGAAUCUUCCGGCGUCCUCUAACAAUGUCAAAGCAGACGUACAGCGUCUGCUUCUGCUUCCGUCGGCGGUUCCACCUGGCGGAGGCCGAGACUCCGGCGGAGAUCAGGAGCAUAUUCAACCAAUACUCGGAAAACGGGGUGAUGAGCGUGGCUAACCUCCACCGCUUCCUGAUCGAGAUUCACCACGAUAUGAAUUCUCCAUUAUCCCACUACUUCAUAUACACUGGCCAUAAUUCUUAUUUAACUGGGAAUCAACUAAGCAGUGACUGCAGUGAUGCCCCUAUUAUUCAAGCCCUGCAGAGAGGUGUUCGAGUAAUCGAGCUCGAUAUAUGGCCAAACAAAACAAAGAAUAUUGUCGAUGUUCUUCAUGGCAGAACGCUGACCACUCCAGUGGCACUUAGCAAAUGCUUGAAGUCUAUUAAGGAGUAUGCAUUCUCUGCAUCUGAGUACCCUUUGAUAAUAACACUCGAAGACCAUCUCACUCCAGAUCUUCAGGCCAAAGUGGCACAGAUGAUCAAACAAACAUUUGGAGACAUGCUGUAUUCUCCUGGCACAGAAUGCUUGAAGGAAUUCCCUUCACCAGAGUCAUUGAAAAAGCGGGUUAUCAUAUCAACUAAACCACCAAAAGAGUACCAACAAACAAAGGAAGUUAAGGAGAAGACAACUAAAGAAAGCAGUUCUGCAGUGACAGAAGCUUGGGGGGAGUGAAGUAUCAGAUCUGACUCCGACAUAUAAUAAUGACAAGGAUGGUACAGACGAUGUAGAAGAUGACGAUGAAGAAGAUCCAAAAUCAGAACAGAGUGAGGCACCACAAUUCAGGAAUUUGAUUGCCAUUCAUGCUGGAAAGGGGAAGGGUGGACUGUCUGAGUGGCUUAGAAUUGAUACUGAUAAAGUGAGACGGCUUAGCUUGAGUGAGCCACAGCUUGAAAAUGCAGUCAAAACACAUGGAAAAGAAAUCAUUCGAUUCACUCAACAAAAUUUAUUGAGAAUUUACCCAAAGGGCAUACGCAUCAACUCAUCUAAUUAUAAUCCCUUAAUUGGCUGGACCCAUGGAGCUCAAAUGGUGGCAUUUAAUAUGCAGGGUCAUGGUAGAUCACUUUGGUUGAUGCAAGGCAUGUUCAGAGCCAAUGGUGGUUGUGGAUAUGUUAAGAAACCAGCCAUAUUAUUGGAAUCUGAUCAUUCUUAUAAUUCAUUAGUUAAUAAAAAUGCUUCGUCGCGUGUAAAAACAACGUUGAAGGUGACUGUGUAUAUGGGUGAAGGAUGGCAUCAUGACUUCCGGCAUACACACUUUGAGUCUUUGAUGCAUAUUCACCUCCAGAUUUCUAUGCAAAGGUGGGAAUUGCAGGAGUUCCAGCUGAUUGUGUAAUGCAGAAAACAAAGUUCAUGAGUACGACUCGUCCGGGAAAGAUGACUUUGCAGGGCAAACGUGCAUCCCAAUCUCCGAAUUGAGACAGGGAAUCCGAGCAGCCCCUCUCCAUGAUCGUAAGGGUGAUAAGCUUAAAUCUGUAAAGCUGCUUCUGAAACUUGACUUUCUUUGAUUACUCUGAUACAUAUCGAGUGGCGGAGGUAGGGGGAAGGUAGUGCAUGUUCCCGCCAAAGGGAUUCCGGCAACGGUAUCCCAGACCCAUUCCAGCAAAGAUCUAUUCUUUUAAUAUGCCAGAUGAAGGGGAAGAUC